AUGGUUAACGUCGGUCCCAAACACGUCGCCAGCGGCGGCUUGCUACUAAGUGUGGCCCUGGUGCUCCUUCUAUUGAAGUACUGGUUUUUUCUGAACCGUGGGCUAUAUACCCCCGACUUUUCUCACCUCGACAAGGUUGAGUAUUAUGACCUUGGCGAAUACCAAGGCAGCGGCCAUGGCUGGGAGAAUGACGAACGUAUUCUUUUCCUCGUGCCGUUACGGGACGCCCUGGCCCACUUGGGGAUGUUCUUUGACCACAUGGCCAACAUGACCUACCCCCACCAUUUGAUUGACUUGGCCUUCCUCAUCUCCGAUACCCUGGAUGACACCGUCGCGGUGUUGACUGAAAAGUUGAUGGAAGUGAGAGAGGAGUACGGGCUGAUGGAGAUUUUCUACAAGAACUUUAACCAGGUGGUGUCGCAGCUGUUCUCUGACCGUCACUCGUACAAAGCUCAAGGCCCUCGGAGAAUGUUGAUGGGGAGAGCUCGUAACUGGUUGUUGCUGAGUGCGCUUAAACCCUACCACUCUCACGUCCACUGGAGAGAUGUUGAUGUGGAGACGAUGCCGGCAACAAUUUUAGAAGAUUUAAUGUCCCACGACAAGGAUGUGAUCGUCCCAAACGUAUGGCGUCCCCUUCCGUCGUUCUUGGGGCUGAUGCAGCCCUACGAUCUCAACCUGUGGCAGGAGCUGGAUGGCGGCUUACAGUUAGCGGAGACGUUGGACGAGGAUGCGGUGAUUGUCGAAGGGUACGUAGAACUCCAGACGUGGCGCCCUCACUUGGCCUACUUGCGCGAUCCCUACGGCGACCCUAACGUGGAGAUGGAGUUGGAUGGUAUUGGUGGGGUGUCGAUCAUGUCUAAGGCGAAAGUGUUCCGGCUGGGGGCCCAUUUCCCGGCGUUUGCGUUUAUGAACCACGCCGAAACCGAGGCGUUCGGCAAAAUGUGUCGUCGCAUGGACUACCUGGUGGUGGGGCUCCCUCACUACGUGAUCUGGCACAUCUAUGAACCACUGAAUGAUGACUUGAAGCACAUGGAAUGGAUGGCGCAGGAAGAGGUCAGGCAACGCGAGGAGGCCAAGAUCAAAAAGGUAUAUGAUAAGGUGUGGGACAAGGCGUUCGACGACGUCCUGAGCCGCUGGCAGAACGAGAGGGCGAAGUUUUUGAAGAACACCGAUAUGCUGAAUGUGCGCAAGGUCCACGUCGACUGGCUGGGGGUGGACGAUUGGGAAAUCGACCCGGUGGCUCAGCCUGAGCAGAAGCUUGCUGACUUCAAUCCGUGA